GGCAUUGCUGGUACUGUAAACGGUGCAGAUUUUAUUUAAUCGUGUACGAUUCGAUAAAUUGACCCAAUCAAUGCCUCCAAAACUUUUAGAACAUAUUGUCAUUGACGUUAUUUUCAGACCUAAAUCCAUUUCAAGUUGAGAAACGUUAUUUAUUAAGCGUGCAAUGACAUUUGUAUACACGUGCUCCGAGCAUGGCUCACUCCGCUGGUACUGAUCAGUCUGCGGGUUGCUUUGUCGAUCGUUUUUUUUUUUUUUUUUGGUCAUAUUUGAUAAAUUAUCUGAUACAAAGCUACUAGUAACGGGCGAACCAGCAGCGGACUUUUAGACUUUUAGCGUAGUCGUCAGAAAUGGACCCGAAACCAAAAAGGCUCCGAACUGCAGGGGAUGGAGAAGUGACAGAGAGAGGAGAGGAGCAGGAGCCAGACAUGCUGGAUGUGAGUAUUAUCAUGCCAGUGCACAAUGCAUCAUGUUGGUUGGACGAGUGUCUGCAGGCCAUUGUGCACCAAGACUUCCCUGGAUCCAUGGAGCUGUCAGCAUUCGAUGAUGCAAGCACUGAUAACUCUAGGAAAUUGUUGGAGGGUUGGAGAGAGAAGCUGCUGGCGAGAGGCAUCUCAGUGGUGAUCUCGGGUCACAGCUCUGCUGAACCCAGGGGAGUGGGAUACGCGAAGAAUAAGGCAGUAUCGCAGAGCCGUGGGCAGUACUUGUGUUUUCAGGAUGCGGAUGACAUUAUGCUUCCUCAAAGAGUUCGCCUGCAGUAUGAUGCCUCUGUGCUCCACCAAGACUUGCUGAUUGGCUGUCGUGUCCAGAGGCUGCCGGCGGGAUCUACAGAGCGUUACACACGCUGGAUAAACUCACUGACUCAGGAUCAGCUCAUCACACAGGUGUACACCUCCCAUGGGCCCACACUUGUCAUGCCGACGUGGUUUUGCUCAAGGAAAUUGUUGCUGAAGGUUGGACCGUUUGACGAGGGAGGGAAGGGGGUCCCAGAGGAUCUGCUCUUCUUCUAUCAGAUCCUGCGUCUAGGAGGGAGUCUGCUCCGGGUUGAUCAGUGCCUGCUGGUCUAUCGCUACCAUGAGAGGGCCACCACUCAUUCUGUGACAGAAGAGACCAUUUGGAAGUUGCGAGUGGACUUCCUGCAGGAGAGAGUUCUCAGCCAAUGGGAGAAGUUCACCAUAUGGAAUGCUGGGAAACAGGGACGAAAACUGUACCGAAGCCUGAGCCUGACCAAUCAGAGGAAAGUCAAAGCUUUCUGUGAUGUAGAUGAGAGCAAGAUCCAGAAGGGUUUCUACACAUAUGAGGAAUCCGAGGAAAGACCGAAGCCAAAAGUACCAAUCCUACACUUCAAAGAUGCUUCAGGGCCCUUCAUCAUCUGUGUAAAACUGGACAUGACGGGGGGUGUUCUGGAGGAAAACCUCAACUCUUUGCAGCUGAAGGAAGGAAUAAAUUACUACCAUUUCAACUGAGUGCUCAGGGUGAUGCAGAAGACCGCGAGAGCGGUGCAGGUUAAACACGCAGAGGAAUGCAGGACUGGACUGCGUUCACGUAAACACGGACUGAGAGAUGGACUGCUAAUAACUCUGAGAUGAAGUGAACUCUGAAACAGAGUCAAGGACAAUAACAAGGGAGGGACGGAGAGGGUUAUAAUGUAUUUUACGUGUACAAAGACGGUGAAGAAUUUUAAGUCGGCAUAGUUUUACUUGGCAAAGAUGACGGCCCUGAUUUCUCUGCCUCGCUCUUUCGCCGCAGGACUGGAGUUGUUGCAGCUGGCUCUUUCAGUGGAGUUUUUUGGAUUAAUUCCACAUUUUAGGGAAAUGUGCUUAUUCGCUUUCUUUGUGAGUGUUAAGAUUGAUACCACCCUCAUAUAACAAACAUGAAGCUCCAUCCUGAUAUGAAGCUCCAAGCCAGUGGAUAUUUACCUCAGCUUAGCCUGGGAAAUGGCAACAUCAGGAGCAGAAACUUUCCAUCACCUUCAAGUCUCACUGUAUCUGGUUUGUUUAAUUUGUGCAGAAUGAUUUACCCCAUUUAAAAGCUGGGAAGUAACCAUUAAAGGAAUAUCCUGGGGUUAAAUCAAAUGUAGGUCUCUGACUAGAUGAAAAUGAGUGUAAACGUUCGUUAGGGAGGAAAUCCAUCUGGAUUAAAGCAGUGUUCAAAUGCUUUGUACGUUGCAAUCUGUUAAUGGACGUAAAAGAAAUUGGAGCAUUUGUGAGGGAAGUCUUAUAAUCAGAAGAUGUCCGUAACCUAUAAAUCUAUGUCCAGCAAGUACAAAACAUCCCUUUUUUGUACACUCAAAGUUAAAAUGGCCUUAAUUUGCAUGUAGUGACAAGCCUGAUAGGCCCUUGUCUAGAAAGAUGUAGGGUCUGAAAACAAUCCAUGGGGCCUCCUGAUCCAAGGAGCAGCACCAACGGUUACUGAUCAGAUUACCUUCAUAUGCAGUGGUUCAGCACAAGGACCAAUCAGAGCAUGGACAAUGUGAUGUGUUCAGCAAAAGACACGGGUCGACAGGAGAGUGUGUUGGUUAGAACAGUAGGUUAAACUUUUGCCGUAACCUGCAGUGGUGGACAGUAACGGAGUAAAUUUACUUGAGUACUGUACUUAAGUACAUAUCCAGAGGAUUUGUACUUUACUUGAGUAUUAGAUUUCUUUGGUACUUAUUACUCUUACUUGAAUACAUUUCCAAGACAAAUAUUUUUACUUUUACUCGAGUAAAUUUCUAGGAAGGCUGAAAAGUACUCGUUACUUUCAGGUCUGCUCUUUUUUCUUCUUCCCUAAAAUCCUAUUGGACACAAGCUGUUUUUGUCAAAGGAGGAGACCUAUCACAGUGCACGCUCUCCACUGGGAUGUACGUAAAGCGGAAAUACGUCAAGCCUCCUCAAAACGAUACCUCCAAAGUAGCCUGCGUUUGUCUUGAAAGCAGAGAUGUAGUUUUUUGUAAACAGUGGUCUUUGAGGGGGAUCCAGACUUAGUUGGAUGGUGCAGGUUCAUUUGGUUUCAGUUCAUGAUUGUUAAUAAACUCUGCAUCAUCUGCUGUCCUCUUAUGAUCCCAUUCAUUUGAUUUGUUUUUGGUGUU